GUACGUACAAUAUUUCUCCAUCCACACCAAAUCGAAGAUGGUUAGAGCUCCUUGUUGUGAAAAGAUGGGUUUGAAGAAGGGUCCUUGGACCCCAGAGGAAGAUCAAAUCCUCAUAUCAUAUAUCCAAAAACAUGGGCAUGGCAAUUGGCGUGCCCUCCCAAAGCAUGCAGGACUAUUAAGGUGUGGAAAGAGCUGUAGACUGCGGUGGAUUAACUAUUUAAGACCUGAUAUCAAGAGGGGAAAUUUCUCAAGUGAAGAAGAGGAAAUUAUCAUUAAGAUGCAUGAGUUGCUAGGGAACAGGUGGUCAGCAAUUGCAGCAAAGUUGCCUGGAAGAACUGACAAUGAAAUAAAAAAUGUGUGGCACACCCACUUGAAGAAGAGGUCGCUGAAUUCAGAUAGCAAAAGGGUUUCCAAGCCAAAAAUCAUACGAUCUGAUUCCAAUUUCAGCACACUAACUCAAUCAGAAUAUGCUAGUCUUAAUUUCCGUGAAAUGGACACUACAUCAUCAGCAUGCACUUCUUCCAGUGAUUUUUCAUCAGCUAGUGAAGGAAUUAAAAUUAUGGACAACGCCAUCAAGAGUGAAGACAUAGAGUCUAUGGAGACAAUGCCUCAAAUUGAUGAAAUCUUUUGGUCAGAGGCAGCAAUGGAUGAUGCUUGUUCCACCAUGCCAUCAAAUUCUUGGACAGUAUUCUCAAAUGAAUUAAUACCCCUUCAAUAUCCAUUUAAUUCAAUGGAGGAAACAUUUCAACAGAGUUAUGGUUAUAACAAAUCAAACUUCGAUGAUGGCAUGGAUUUUUGGUAUGACUUGUUCAUCACAUCAGGGGAGUCAUUAGAGGUGCCAGAGUUCUGA